GUAACGGACUCCUCUAUCUACUUGCCUAGAGGAGGGGGCGUGUGAGGAGCUACCUUCCACAGAACAGCAAGAGACCCCGGCCAAGAGGCGCGGAAUCAAGAGAAAAUCCGAGUUGAGGCCGCGGCGUCGGUGCAGCAGGGGAGCGGCGGUGCCCGCGGCCGCCGAGCGAGCGCGCCGCUUCGCCAUCAGCCGCGCCGUCCCCCAGCCCCCCCAGAGCCUCCGAGGGAUGGCACCGGCGGGAGGGGGCGGGGCCGGCGCACAGCAGCCUUCUCCGCGGCGGCCGCCUGCGCUGCGGCCGGAAACAAUAGUGGAGGACCCUGAGCCGCGCGGAUCGGCUGCGGCGGCGCACGAAGCGGACGGGGCACUAUGAACGAAGAGGAGCAAUUUGUAAGCAUUGAUUUGAAUGAUGACAACAUCUGCAGUGUUUGUAAACUGGGAACAGACAAAGAAACACUCUCCUUCUGCCACGUUUGUUUUGAGCUAAAUAUUGAUGGAAUACCAAAAUCUAAUCUCUUGCACACCAAAUCAUUAAGGGGCCAUAAAGACUGCUUUGAAAAAUACCAUUUGAUUGCAAACCAGGAUUGUCCUCGAUCUAAGCUUUCAAAAAGUACUUACGAAGAAGUUAAAACCAUUUUGAGUAAGAAGAUAAACUGGAUUGUACAAUAUGCACAAAAUAAGGAUCUGGAUUCAGAUUCCGAAUGUUCUAAAAAUCCCCAGCAUCACCUGUUUAAUUUCAGGCAUAAGCCAGAUAAAAAGUUACUCCCACAGUUUGAGUCCCAAGUACCAAAGUAUUCUGCAAAGUGGAUAGAUGGAAAUGCAGGUGGCCUCUCAAACUGUACACAAAGAAUAUUGGAACAGAGGGAAAAUACGGACUUUGGGCUUGCUGUGUUACAAGAUUCAGGUGCCACUUUAUGCCACAAUAGUGAAUUGUGGCCUCAGAGUCACAACCAGGAACAGAAGAAAGAAGAGACAGUCUCUAAUCCAGAGGUUAAUGUCCAUACCCAGCAUCCACAUUACAGCAGAGAAGAAUUGAAUUCGAUGACUCUUGGUGAGGUAAAGCAACUGAAUGCAGAGCUCCGACAACAAAUACAGGAAGUUUUUGAAGAGUUAGCCCACCAAGUGCAAGAAAAAGAUUCUUUGGCCUCAGAGCUCCAUGUCCGCCACAUUGCCAUCGAACAGCUUCUCAAGAACUAUUCCAAGUUACCGUGUCUGCAAAUGGGACGAACAGGAAUGAAGUCACACGUACCCAUAAACAACUGAACUCUAAACUUACACAUCCUUCCUAUGGCCUGCCGGGCAUGCACACUUUGAAGAAGCUGAAGAAAGUUAUGGUCAAUUAUUUUAUGGUCAUUAAAUUUGCAAAACUUAAGGCAGUGUUUAUCAUCUUUGUCAAAUAAAGCAGAUCAUUACACUUUAGUCUUCUAGGGUUAAUCAUUUUGGUUCAUUUGGGAAAUCUUUUUUCCCAUAAUUACUAAACAGCCCUCCCUAACUUUUACCACAUGUGACUACUUAAAUAUACCGUUAGAGUGUGACUUUGUUAAACAUGGUUUAAUGUAAUUCACCUGUCAGAACAACAGAAGGUUAACAAAGUUCUUAGGUUAGUCUAAACUACUAAAGAUAACAUUUAAGAGGUAAAUGGAAUUCAUAAUAUCACCUCUUAUUUAUUG